AUGGGAGCUGUUGUAUCGCAACUCGGCUUCAAUCAAGCAUUUCUCCUGGCACUUAUCGGAAUCCUGGCCAUGCUUGGAAUUACCGUACUGGCAGUAAGCGGAGAUUCGAGAGAUCAACAGGACUUAGCCAUACCAUUGAUCCGUGUUAGACCGGCUGCACCUGCGAGGAAAGCUUUAUAG